AUGUUUGUUUUAAGGCGCUUUUACUCUGCUAAAGCUUGGUCUUAUAAAGAAGCAACUGCAUGGCAACAAGCAUUUAAUCAAGCUGCAAUUCCGAAGGAUCAUGUCUCGAUUAGCUUCUGUCGUAGUAGUGGACCUGGGGGACAAAACGUCAACAAAGUGAGUACAAAGGUUGAUUUACGCUUGUCACUUUCUAAAGCAAAUUGGAUUCCUGAUUAUGCAAAAGAGAAUUUAAAAAAUACCUCACAAUUGAAGAAAAGUAAAUCGAAUGAGUUAAUCAUUACUUCAGACAAGACGAGAUCACAAGCCAAGAAUAUUCAGGAUUGUUAUGACAAACUUGUGGAUGUUAUUAAAGCGUCUGUAGCAGUGAACAAGGAGCCCGAUCAAGCCACUUUAGCUCGGGUCGAACAAUUGUAA